AUGCUACCCAAGUCAAUCUAUCUCUCCGCCAGUGUUGGUCUUUUGAUCAACACUGUUGUUGGCGACGUGUUCGAUACCAAGAAAUAUGCCAAGAAGGAUAUCAUUACCCGUGAUGUCGCUGUGAUUGGUGGUGGCGCGUCAGGAACAUACGCAGCAAUCAACCUCCGCAUGAAGGGGACAAGCGUUGUUGUGGUUGAGAAGGAGGAUGUCUUCGGCGGUCAUACAAACACCUACACCGAUCCCGCAACGGGGACUACUGUUGAUUAUGGCGUGCAAGCCUACUUGAACAGUACCAUAACUCUAGACUUUUUCGCCCACUUCAACGUUUCUGUUGUAGAUUAUUCCCCCUCCUCCGUGACCAUUGAACCUGCCGAUUUCAAGACGGGGGAAACCGUCAUAUUCAACCCCGGUGAGGACCUCACGCCAUGGGCCCAGCAGUUGGCCAAGUACCCCUGGAUAGACUAUACCUGGGACGUCCCACAGCCGGUCCCCGCAGACCUUCUGUUGCCUUUCGGAGAGUUCAUCAUCAAAUACAACCUCACAGACCUUGCUUACUACAUCUAUUUCAGCGCUUCGGGCUUGUCAAAUCCUCUUGAACAGUUGACAAUCAACGUGAUGAAGAUGGUAGACCAGGCGUAUAUCGAUGAAUCAAAGGGUGCGGGAUUAGGCACGGCAAACCAAGACAACAGUGAAAUAUAUGUCAAAGCCGUGGCUGAGCUUGGUUCCAGUGCCCUCCUUUCCUCAACCGUGACCGCUGCGUCAAGAUCAACAAGCGGCGUGUCCCUGGUCGUGAAAACCCCAUCAGGCUCCAAGCUCAUCAAGGCAAAGAAACUUCUCAUUACCAUCCCUCCAACCAUGGAAAACAUGGGGCCCUUCGCCCUGAACACCCAAGAGAGAAAUCUCUUCUCGCAGUUUACCUACAUGGGCUACUACACCAUUUUACUCAAUAACACUGGCUUACCCUCCGGGUAUGAAUGGAUCAAUGCGAAUGAUUCAUUGAGUACCUACAACAUCCCGGAGCUGCCUGGUGCCUGCCAGAUCAUGCCGACCCGCAUCUCUGGACUGUUUUAUGCCUGGUAUCGCAGUCCAGUAGACGUGACACAACAGGAGGUAGAGGCAUCCACCAUAGCCGCUAUACAGAAACUGCAGAAGGCGGGCAACUACACUGCCACCAAUCCCACGGUUGUUGAGUACCGAUCUCAUACCCCAUUCAAGCUCAAGGUUACCGCCGAGGCUAUAAGCAAUGGGUUCUAUGAUGAGCUAUAUGGUCUGCAAGGAAAGCGUAACACAUGGUAUACUGGCGCAGCAAUGGUUUCUCAUAACACGGGAGUGAUUUGGGACUUUACUAAUACUCUGUUGCUGGAUCUUGUGGAUAAUCUGGGCUGA